AUGUCGGACUUUGGUAAAAGUAAUGAGUCAAAGCCAGCUGUGGAAGAGGUUUUGUUAAAACUCAAAAAACAAAAAGCCAGUGCAAAGACUGCAUUUACGAAGGCGAAAAAUAAACUCUACAAUAUGACAGAAGGUAAGGAUGUCCCAACUCGAAGGUCUGUUCGAGAUCAGAUGGAUCAGUUGUGCAUUGUCCAAGAACAAGCAAUGGAAGUAAUGCUGAUGUUGUCUGAAGAAUACUCCAAAAACAAUGAUGUAGCAAAUUCUAAAAAACUUAGCAUUGAAAUAACUAGACUUGAAGAUGAGACUGAAAGUGCACAGCAACAUGCUCAACAGUACUUAGACUGUAGAUCAGAUGCUAGCUCUGUACUAAGUUUACGAACAGGGAUGUCAAUGUUGUUCAACCAGAAACAAGAACACGGUAAAAGUCAGAAACAAGAAUGUCCCGGAGAAAAAGGGAAGGACGUUGAACAGGCUCAGAAUGAGUCCAUAAAGACUUUUGUAAGAAGUGAACAUGAAUUAGGUCAACCAAAGGACAUGUUCACGGUUGAUGACGCCAGCACAAGGUCCUAUAUUAAUGCAGACGUUGCUGCAGAGCUAGGACUGCAAGGUAAAACUAAACAAGUCACUGUGAAUGUGUUGAAUGAUGAGAAAGCCACAUUUGAAACAAUGCCAGUAGAAUUUGGACUGGAAAGUAAAGGUGGUGAGGUUGAUGUUAAUAUUUCUGCUUUCACAACAACUAAGGUUACAGGUGAUUUGCAGGUUGUUGACUGGCAGAAAUAUGGCAAACUAUGGACACAUCUGCAAGAUAUAGACUUUCCUAAAAUUGCAUCCCCUCCUAUUGUCGAUGUCCUGAUAGGCAUGGAUAAUUCAGAACUUCACUAUUCCUACUCAGAGGUACGUGGGAAUCCAGGUGAACCUCUUGCACGGUUAACGCCCCUUGGCUGGACUUGUAUAGGGAACAUUGCAGGGACAGGCUCUUAUAAUCAGACUCACUUUUCUAGUACAUUCUUCUCUCAUUCAAAUGCUGAUGAUCAAGAUUUGAAUAUGUUGUUGCAUAGGUUUUGGGAAGUUGAGAAAUUCCAGUCUAAAGAGACUGAAAACAUAAGCCCUGAAGACAAGAAUGUAUACAACAGGGUGAAAGAUGCCUUGACGUAUGAGGAUGGUCACUAUCAAAUAGGCAUACCAUGGAAGAAAGAGGUACAUGCCUUACCAUCAGAUAACUAUCAGAUGGCUCUAAGUCGUCUUGAGAGUACAGAGAAGAAAUUAGAAAAGGAUGAGACUAUAGCUGCUGCAUAUGAUACUGUCAUUUCACAGUAUCACACAAACGGAUAUAUCAGGAAAGUACCUACUGAAGAAAUGACAAAUACAGGAAAGUGGUAUUUGCCUCAUUUCCCGGUUGUACGUUUGGAUCGUCUCACAACAAAAGUGAGAAUUGUAUUUGAUGCCUCAGCCAAAUACAAGGGUAUUUCUUUGAAUGAAGUUAUCCACCAAGGUCCCAAACUGCAGAGGGAACUUUUUGAUGUAUUGUUACGAUUUAGACGCAACCCAGUAGCACUGAUGAGUGAUAUUGCCGAGAUGUACCUACAGGUCAAAAUCUCUCCCGAUGAUCGGCCAUAUCACAGAUUCUUAUGGAGGUCCAUGAAACGAGAUGAGCAACCCACAGAGUAUGAGUUUAGUCGAGUGGUAUUUGGGGUGAAUGCAUCUCCUUUCUUAGCACAGUUUGUAAGUCAGGAAAAUGCCAAGAAGCAUCAGGGUGAUCUCCCAUUAGCAGCAGAAACUGUGCAAAAAGCAACAUAUAUGGACGAUAGCAUGGACUCUGUGGAGGAUGACAAUACAGCUAUUGAGUUGUAUAGACAGUUGGUAGAUCUUUGGAGUAGAGCUGGGAUGCGCCCUAGAAAGUGGCUUUCAAAUUCCCACCAAGUACUCAAUCAGAUACCUGUUGAAGACAGAUUGUCAGAAGUUCAGUUGAACAGUAGCUACUUACCUUCAGCAAAGACGCUCGGUCUCAUGUGGAUAGCUGAAAGAGAUGUCUUUACUUUCACUUCCCACAUACCUGAAAUGAACUCCACGAUAUCUAAAAGAAUCUUUCUUCGUCAAAUAGCAAAGCUAUUUGAUCCUUUAGGAUUUCUUGCACCCUUUACUGUGAGGGCAAAGAUCAUUUUGCAAGAAAUGUGGACAGCAGGGUUAGAUUGGGAUGAAGAACUAGACAAUAAUCUGAAAAGGAAAGCAUGUCAGUGGUUCAUGGAACUGGAAGAUCUUGCACUUAUCCAGGUACCAAGAUGUUUGCGCUGUGGUCUCGAGGUCAAAGAAACUACACUCCACAGCUUUGUAGAUGCAUCUGAGGAUGCAUAUGGUGCUGUAGUGUAUGCUGUGAAUACUUACCAGAAUGAUGAAAUCUCCAGUGUCAUAAUUGCUGCAAAAGGACGAGUAGCACCACUGAAAGCCAUUAGCAUUCCACGCAUGGAAUUAAUGGCAGCUGUUACUGGACUCAGAUUAUCUGUUGCAAUAACAAAGGCAUUGGAAGUGUCAAUAGAUAUCGUAACAUUUUGGACAGACAGUUCAAAUGUGUUGUCAUGGAUAAAGAACCAUAGCCGAACAUUCAAACCCUUUGUUGCAAACAGAGUCAGUGAAAUUCAAGAGAUUACGAAUCCAUAUCAAUGGCGGUAUGUACCAACUGCUAAAAAUCCAGCAGAUAUGUUGACCAGAGGAAUAGCUGCAUCAAAGUUGAUUGAUAAUCAAAGUUGGUGGUCAGGACCCCCUUUCUUGACUAGAGAUGAAGGUGAAUGGCCCCAAAGACUAUCUGAAAUAGAAAGUAAAAAGACAUGUAAGCUAGAAAAUGAAACUCUGAAAGAAAACAAGAUCAUUACAAUGGUAGUGAACAAAUCAUCGUGUGAUGAAUGGAGACUAAAAGCUACAAGAUACUCAGAUUGGAAAAGACUGGCAAGAAUCCAAGCUUGGGUAUACAGAUUCUUGAACAACUGUGUUGCACAAAAUCAUCAAAGGAUCUCCGGGGAACUAACAGCAGAAGAAAUUGAAACUGCACAGUUCAAAAUCAUAGCACAAGUGCAGAGAGAAGAAUUUCCAGCUGAAUACUCCUGCCUUGAGAAGAGAAAACCAUUGCCAACCAACAGUAAACUCUUGGGAUUACAACCGAAGUUGGAUGAAUGUGGAGUGAUGAGAUCUGAUGGACGAUUGGCUUAUGCUGAGCAUCUAUCUCCAGAGUCAAGGUUUCCAAUCAUCUUGCCACGCAGAAACUGGAUCACAAGAUUGAUUGUGAAAUCUUAUCAUGAGGAAGGACAGCAUGUUACCGGAACUAAUCAGACAUUAGCGGCACUCUCAGCGAAGUUUUGGAUCCUCUCUGGUAGAGAGGAAAUUCGAGAAUGGGAGCGGGUAUGUUCACAAUGUCGAAAACAGAAAGCAAAAGUGGCGCACCAGAUCAUGGCUCCUCUCCCAGAAAUGAGACUAACACCUUCUCUACGUGCUUUCACACAGGCUGGACUUGACUUUGCUGGACCCUUCUUUACAGUACAGGGGAGAGGAAAAGCAAGGCAGAAGCGCUAUCUUUGCCUCUUCACGUGUCUAGCUUCAAGAGCUGUGCAUCUUGAAAUCGCACAUGGAAUGGACACAAAUUCAUUUCUUAAUGCCUUUUAUCGCAUGGCCAGUCGCAGAGGACUUCCAGAGGACAUUGUGUGUGAUAAUGGGACAAACUUUGUUGGAGCAAAAAAGGAGCUCAAAGAACUGGUCUCAUGUCUGAACAAUGAUGCUGUUAAACGAACAUUAGCGAAUCGUGGUACCAAGUGGAAGUUUAAUCCUCCCUGUGCGCCCCAUUUCGGAGGUGUGUUCGAGACCAUGAUCAAGGCAGCCAAGAAAGCUAUCUCUGCUAUAUUAGGUCAAAGUGACGUAAAUGAUGAAGAGCUCAUGACAGCGUUUAUUGGAGCAGAAGCCUUGAUCAAUUCACGUCCACUCACCUAUCAGACGUCACAUCCUCAGGAUGAUGUACCCCUGACACCGAACCACUUCCUCCAUGGACAAGUUGGAGGUUCUUUUGCUCCAGAAUCAGUGGAUACAACACCCUUUAACCCAAGGAAACGCUGGAGACGGAUACAGGAUCUAAUACGACACUUCUGGAGCCGAUGGAUGAAGGAGUGGAUACCCAGCCUCAACCGAAGAAGGAAGUGGCUCACUCACCAACCGGACAUCAACGUGAAUGACAUCGUUAUGGUAAUAUCGCCAAACACUCCACGUGGACAUUGGCCCAUGGGAAAAGUUAUCAAGACUCAUCCAGGGAAAGAUGGUUACACCAGAGUGGUUGACAUACAGAUUGGUCAAUCUGUACUUACUAGACCAGUGACGAAAGUGUGCCCUCUUGAAACGGACAGCAUUAGCUGCUAA